AUGCGCCGUCUGGAUCUGGAUUUGACUUGUUUUCCUAGAAACAGCCAGAUGUUUGAAGAAGAAGAACUUCCUGUUUCACCAAAACCAGAUGUGGAGCCACCACCACCACCGCCGCCUCCUCCAGGUCCUGUUGGACUGGACCAGAAACAGAGUCCACCUCAGGAGGAGGCUGAGAUUCCCACCACAAGUUUACUCAAGGCAGACUCGGCUCCGCCCACAGAGCCGAGGAAUGACCGGCGUGCUGCCGCUCCACCCGUUCAAAGGAAGAGAGUGUUACCGGCGUGGAUGUUGUCCUCUGCAGCUUCUUCCUCCUCCAGCUCUAAAGUUCAGUCGCCUGUAAAGAAAGGUAAAGCGCCUGCAGCGGCCUCCAAACGACCAGCAGCCAAACGGACCCCACCUGCCAAGCCCCCGCCCCCUGAGGAGGCGGAGCUAAGCGAAGAGGAGCAGCCGAAGAAGAGGCGAAGGAAGAUGAGCGAUGAAGAGGAGAAAGCUCCGUCUAAAACAGUCGCCCCUUCAGAGCCGCCCUCGGUCCGGCUGAGGACUGAACCCAAAAGGUCAGAGGUCAGCGAUGAGUCCGACAGCUUCCCCAUGGAGGUGGACGAGGAGGGAGGAGGAGGAGGAGGAGGAGGAGGAGGAGAGACGUCUACAGCUGACCUAAACACCACAAAGUCUGAGGAGGACACGGGGAUGAAAAACGGAGGGCGAGCGAGUAAACGGGCGGAGCCUGCGGGGUCUGCUCCGUCCAAACCUCGCCUCAGGACUCCGUGUCCGUACGGGAAGAACUGCUACAGGAAGAACCCGCUUCAUUUCCAGGAGUGCAGUCACCCCGGGGACACCGACCACGAGGACGAGGAGGACGAGGAGGAGGAGGAGAUGGACGAGGCAGAUUUACCCGAGUGUCCCUACGGCACAGACUGCUACAGGAAAAAUCCUCUUCACAGGAAAGAAUACAAACACACCAAGAAACCAGCCCCCAUGCCACGCACCCGCCCCAAAAAGCCCGCCGCUGACGAUGAAGACGACGAAGACGAUGAGGAGGGAUACGACGACAGCUUCAUAGACGACGACAGCCUGGAGGAGGAGGAGGCGGAGGGAGGCGAUGACUCGGACUACGUCCCUCCUGCGUCUGAUGACAGCGAGAAGGAGGACAUCAGACGGCUGCAGAGGGAGGCUCAGGACUUCCUGAAGAAGAGGAAGUAGACUCUUCUUCCUCCUUUGUUGUGAGUGUGGAUGUGUUAGAGCUGCAGGGACAACCUUUCAGACUACAUCACCUCAGAAACAUCACAGGAACCAGGUCUUUGUUCCUGCCGGCCUGGAGUGGGUCUGGUAACGUUUUCUGAGGACCUUUCGGCGCCUCUUUAUCCUUACGCCUCUACCAAACUUCUGCACUUACCGGGAACACAGACGAAGAAAGGCUCUGAAGUCUGAGCCAAACCGCCUCUCCUCACUCUCUUCUCUCAGCGAUUGUAAUUUUAAGGUCUGAGGAUUCAUGCUCAAAGCUUUUACUGUCUUUUUUAAGAGAUGUUUAAAUCUUUAUUUUUUCUAAUAGAAUAUUUAAACCCAGGGUCCCUGGGAGGAAAACACUAAGAUAAAUCAGGUGAUCUUUCUUGUAGUCUGAUCUUGAUGAUUUUCUCUCCUGCACUGAAGCCCUGAGAAAGGACAGAGGCGAUGUUCUUUCCUGUAUGAUUUUUCUAACUUACUAAAUAUUUUUGUGGGUUAAAAAAAAGUUCUUCCUUUGUAUUUUUUUAUUCUAAUUCUGAGGCGACUAAAUGUUUCAGAACAGCUCCAGUGGAUUGAUUCAGCCUGCAGCUCUAAAACAGGCUGUAAUGGCUGCAAUCUGAUUAAAGUCCGUCCACUGAAAGUUUA